AUGCUCAUCGGGCGUUUUCUGCUCAUUAUUACUGUGCUUUUGACAUUCAUUUUGGCUGCUAUUACAACAAAUCUAACAAAUACUAAUCAUCCAUUACAAUCAUCGACAGUUACUAUUGAAAAAUCUGAAGACAAAUCUCACUUAUUUGUUAUACCAAUUCCAUUAUCAUCAUCAGCAGCUAAACAAAAUGAAUGUCAAGAGCCAUGUUCUAUGGACUAUUGUUUAAAAUAUAAAUCACUUAAUAAAGUGUGUACUAGAUUGAUACGUGAUCAAUGUGAUUGUUGUACAGUAUGUCUUCGUACUGAAAAUGAAAUAUGUGGUGGUCAUCUUAAUGUUUAUGGUUUAUGUGAACAAGAUUUAUUAUGUUAUAAAUCUAAUAAAACUUCAAAUAGUCUUACUGAACAAACUGGUAUAUGUGUUAAAGCAUGUUUGAAAUUUCAAUGUUUACUUGUUAACAUCAAUAAUAAAACAUCAUGUGAAUGUGCAAAUCGGCGUGUACCAUGUAAUACAAAUUAUCUUCAAAAUACAAAUAAUGAUAAUAAGACCAAUCAUUAUUGUAAACAACAAUCACUAUCUCAACAAGAACAAGAAUUAAGCUUAUUGAAGACAAAUGAUGGUAAGCUUAACUCAAUCAUUUUCCAGUAA